AAUAAACAUGCUGCUUUCAAUCCAGAACCAACUGAAAAUUUUGUAAAUUAUUCAUAAAUCUAAUUAGUAAGUUCUCUUGUUGGAGCCAUUAUCAAACAUUAUGGAUCAGAAUUCUAUUUCAAUUAAGCUAAUAUAUGAAUUAUUGCAGGUAAUAAAAAUGCUAAUGUUUUUCCUGAUCCUGUUUAUGCUAUCCCUAUUAAAUCAUGACCUGUCAAACUAAUUGACCAACUCUAUGCUUAUAUUGCAGUUGGACCUGUAAAUCCAGCCUUUAUUAUUAAUUCUUAUAAUGGUCUUGGAAAACAGUAUAUGUCUUCAAAUCUUAGUAUUG